AUGCUGCGCCACUCAAUCCGCGCCGUGCGCCAGGCCGUGGCCGCCCGCGCCGUCCUCAAGCCUGCUGCCCGCGCUUCGAUCCCGGGCCUGCGCCGCCAGGCCAUGCUGGCGCUGCCCACGCUCAUGCGCAGCUACGCCAGCGAAGCCGCGACCAAGCACGAGUUCCAGGCCGAGACGCGCCAGCUCCUCGACAUUGUGACACACUCGAUCUACACGGACAAGGAGGUCUUUGUGCGUGAGCUCAUCUCGAACGCUUCGGACGCGCUCGAGAAGUUUCGCCAUCACCAGGCGGUUGGGUCGUCGAUCCUGAACCCGGAGCUCGAGCCCAAGAUUCUCAUCACGACCGAUACGGUCAACCACACGCUCACGAUCGAAGAUACGGGCAUUGGCAUGACCAAGGAAGAGCUCGUCAUGAACCUCGGCACGAUCGCGCGGUCGGGCUCCAAGGCCUUUAUGGAGCAGCUCAAGACCGAGUCGCCGUCCGAGUCGACGGCGGCCGUCACGGGCAUCAUUGGCAAGUUUGGCGUCGGCUUUUACUCGGCCUUUAUGGUCGCCGACAAGGUCGAGGUCCACUCCCGGUCCGCGCUCGACGGCGCCAAGGGCCACGUCUGGUCGUCGGACGGCUCUGGCUCGUUCGAGGUGUCCGAGAGUGACGACGCGGCCCGCGGCUCCAAGAUCGUCAUGCACAUGAAGGAGUCGUGCAAGGAGUAUGCGACGCCGGAGAAGGUCGAGUCGAUCAUCAAGAAGUACUCGAACUUUGUCGCGUUCCCGAUCCUCCUCAACACGACCGAAGUCAACGUCGUCCAAGCGCUGUGGACCAAGCCGGUCGACGAGAUCUCGGACGACCAGUACGCCGAGUUUUACAAGUUUAUCGCGAACGCCUUCGACGAGCCCAUGUACCGCCUGCACUUCAAGGCCGACGCGCCCAUCGAGCUCAAGACGCUCUUCUUCAUUGGGUCGUCGCACACGGAGAAGCACGGGUACGCGCGCCUCGAACCCGGCGUCUCUCUCUACUCGCGCAAGGUGCUCAUUGAGCGCCAAUCGCCCGACAUUCUGCCCGACUGGAUGCGUUUUGUGCGUGGCGUUGUCGACAGCGAAGACCUCCCGCUGAGCUUGUCGCGUGAGAAGAUGCAGGACUCGCGCCUCCUCCUCAAGAUGAAGGACGUGCUCACGCGCCGCAUCCUCAAGUUCUUGGACGAACGCGCGCGCAAGGACCCGGACACGUACGACGCGUUCUUCAAGGAGUUUGGCAUGUUUAUCAAGGAAGGCGUGUGCAUGGACUUCCAGAACAAGGCCGCGUUGGCCAAGCUGCUGCGCUACGAGUCGUCGGCGCUCGACCCGGAGGCCACCACGUCCCUGGACGAGUACGUCUCGCGCGCGUCGCCCGACCAAUCGGAAAUCUACUACAUUUGCGCCCCGUCGCGCGAAAUGGCGCUUCAGUCGCCGUACUACGAAGCCUUCAAGAAGACGAAGAAGGAGGUCAUCUUUGCGUACCACCCGGUCGAUGACUUUGUCAUGAACAACGUCGAAGAAUUCAACGGCCGCAAGAUCGUCUCGGCCGAGAACGCCAAGCUCGACCUCCAGGAUGACGAAACCGAGGGCGCCAAGCUUUCGGGCGAGGCCGCCGACCUCUUCACUGCGUGGCUCAAAUUGCAUUUGGACGACAAGGUGUCGAACGUCGUGAUGACGAACCGCCUCGCCGACUCGCCGGCCGUCGUGACGGACCACGAGUCGGCCUCGAUCCGCAAGAUGAUGGCGAUGGUCAACCAGCAGCAGGGCGGCGGCAUGGCGAUGCCGGCCUCCAAGCACGUGCUUCAGAUCAACCCGCGCCACCCGAUCAUGCUCAAGCUCAACGAACUGCGCGCGACCAACGACGACCUCGCGGUCAAGGUCGCCAAGCAAGUGCACAUGAACAGCUGCAUGUCGGCGGGCCUUGUCGACGACGGCCGCGUCAUGCUCGGUGACCUCAACACGCUUUUGGAAGAACUCCUCGGCCAGAGCUUGAAGAAGUAA